AUGCAAGUAAUAGAGUACCCAGACAACCAUGUGAACUUGCAUAUUCAAAAGGGGGCGUGGCUUCGAAAUUGCCAUGGGGCACUGUAUAAAAGUCGGCGGUUUUGUAGGAAGUUCAUAUUUUCGUUCUUCAGCCUAGCUGGGAGCCCACGUGCAGUAAAAAUGAAGCUCCUUCUCCUCACAGUGGCCAUGUUUGGCGCCCUCGGCGCCAAGACCUUCUAUCGGAUCGACGGAGAUGGAUACGGUCCCUUCAAAUCGCACUUCCACGACUGGCUUGUUGCUCGUGGCCACACAUUCGCUCUCGAAGCCUACGACAACUACGGGGCCACAGGAACGUUUGGAGGCAAAGAUUCGGAUGGACAAGGGAUUUCAAAAACCCCAGUCAUCUUCAUCCACGGCAACUCUGACUCGGCCCUCGACACCGGGGCAAUGCUUGUUGAUGGCUGGACAAAAGCCCUAGGAUACUACAUCGACGAGGGGUACACCUUCGCCGAGUUGUACGGUAUCACCUACGGAGAUCGUGACAUGGCGACUGCGGCUGAUACUCAGAUGACGUGCGAAUGGAUGAAGGGCCAUCGGAAGUUUGUCGAAGACGUCUUGGAAUAUACUGGCGCGCCGAAGGUGAACCUCGUCGGCCACUCGAUGGGAGCAACAAUUGCACGAUUUGUGGCGAAAGGAGGAAGUAGUAUCAUCAACGGCGAGCACUGCGACCUGGGCCACGCCCUGACCGACAAAAUUGACGUGCUCAUCAGCGUGGCUGGAGCCCACUUUGGAAUGUGCAUGUGCACGGCGCUUUCCGAUAAGCAUUCCUGUAGCUCUGCGGACGGUUUCUGGCCCGGCAACACAUGCGGAGGAGGUGUGGAGACGACCUGUGCUACUGCCAGCCAGGGACAAUGCACGGAUAUCGACCACUACAGCACCUUCCUCAAGGACAUCAACAACAACGAGGCGAGGGAGGCCGGACAUGUCUUCUCACUGUUCUCGAGGGACGACAACGUUCUCGGGCCAGAGUCAUUGACGUGGGGACGCAUGACUUCAAUCAUCCCGAACGAGGACGGCAACCACGAGUACGGUGGCUACACCCACUUCGAGAUGAAAGACAAGACAGCGGCGGAUGCCAUCUGGGCAUUCCACAACCACGCCCUUCCCCCGAAAGACCGAAGGAAGUUGAAGCGGACCGGAAUCGACAUCCUCGAGACCGUCCACAGCUACAGCAGCGAGGAGGAAGAAGAAAAA